AUGGAGCAUCUGGGAUGCUGGCUAAUUGGGGCUAUAUCCAUUGGAAUAGCUCUUGUGGCUGGCCUGGUUAUAGGCCGGGGGAGCUGUCCCAAAGAUUUUGACAAGUACCCGGUUGACGAUUGUUCUUGGCCCUCUGGCGACCACGACUCUUGCGAUCCAGAAGGCGACGAACAGCAAAGCAUGAAAUUGGUGAUAUUAGUGCGCACAGAUAUUAAGAUGACCAGAGGAAAGGCGUGUGCACAGUGUAGCCAUGCCGCUGUACGCGCGUGCCAGGUGGCUCACCGCUACGCCCCACAAAAGCUCCGUGCGUGGCUGAGCCAAGGGCAAAAGAAAAUAACCUUAAAGGUAACCGAGCAAGAGCUGUCAAGCUUGCUGGACAAGUUGCACCAAACUGACAUUAUAUGCGGCAGAAUCCAAGAUGCUGGUCACACGCAGGUAGACCCUGGCACUGUAACCGUCGGUUUUGUGGGGCCAUGGGACGAAGCUGAGCUCGACAAAAUAACAGGCCACCUGAAACUCUAUUAG